CUGACAUCACUCCGCAGAUCAAAGCCACUGGGACCCCAUAUAAGCAGGUUCUUAAGGCAGAGAGGGGCAGAGGCAGACCCGCAGCUGGCCAUGCGCUCGAGACACACACACACACACACACACACACACACACAACACACACAAACUCACACAAACUCACACUACCCGCUGCAUCUUCACGCAGCCUUCCGCUUGUGUCGCUCGUCCCUUCCCCUCCCCUUCUCUGCCCACCCUUAGCGGAGUUUAACAGCGUUUACCUCCGGCUGACCUCCAGUGUUGGGAUCUGGAUCUACAGUAUUUUGCCCGCCGCUGCGGUUGCCGCAAAACUUUGUGGUUGCUGGGAGAAGGGCUGUCGAAGGGGUCGAGGCGAAGGGGCAGCUUUCCCGGGAAAGCUUUCCAGCGUGUUUACCUUUGCCGCGUGUGUGGACACACGCCAUCGGCUCGGCUGUAAUGUAUGGUAGAGGAUCUAUGCUAGAGCGUACGCCACACACGAUCACACGCCCUGGAGUUUGAAGCCCUGUCCCUGGUGGGCAUGAAUGGGGACAAGAAUACUAUAACACUUAAGCGUGCCCCGGGAUGUUUUUCUUUGCCUCUUGGCGGGCGAGCUGUGCUGUGAGUUUUAGGGAGAGGAACAGGUAUCUGAGGUUUUGGGGGUGUUAGUUAUAAGCCUUAUCAGUUUUCUGUGGAGCGAAGUUUCUUCAGCGCGGACGUACGCCGCCGAGGAAGCGGCUGCAAAAGGCGGCUCGUCUGAAACGUACACGGGCAAAGCAAACCAGGACUUUGAGGAGAAAACAGGUCAGGUUGAGACAACAAGCCCCCUGCUGCUGGCUUGAUCUAGGGUUCUUCGCCCUUGUAAACAACACGCCUGAUGACUUGAAUCACUGGUUUCCCCCUUGCCAAUUUUCCUGAAGUUGUAAAAGUUAACCUGUUCCGGAGCUAGAGGCUGGAAAUCCGAUGGCAAUGAAAAAGGAUGAACCGGAGUGCUGGUCCGGACAGUGUCCGGUCUGGGCUGGAGGAAUUCUGCAGAGCCGGAUUAGACAGCGCCCUCCCGUUCAGGGAAGCUGUAAGAAAUUUCACACUGAAGUCUGUGCCGUGAAGCAGCUUCAGGAGAGACAGAUAAGGGGUCUGAAAUAGCCCCCAGGCCGCCCAGUGCAUGGUCAGGAUUCAAGGGUGAAGGUUUCAAGUGUUUUUAAAAAAGAUAAAAGACCCCGAAAUAAAUGUCUCGCUGUGCAGACGCAGGAGAGCGGGGAGCUUGCCUCCCUGCAGAAGCGGCGCGACAGCUGCUUGCAACUUCCAGUGACGGGUCAAUAUAAAAAAAAGGGAAUAAAAAUCGAGGCGGGUGAAAUCCUGAUCCUGUCGGCGCACAUGGGAGUUUUGCCACGGAUUUCAGCAGAGCCAGGAUUUUCACUCCUAGCGCUGAAGAUCCGCGUACAAUGUCACUUUCCCGAUAACAGUGUUUCAGGGACGGGAUUCUUACACCAAUGGGGACACCCUGAAGGAAAACCCAAAGUGCGCUGGGAAUCACAGCAAGCACCCCGGGGGGAACUCGCACGUUUAAACGGGUUUCCAAAGUGGAGCCCUCUCCUAGGGGAUUAAAGAGUUGACUCUUCAAAGAGCGCAGUUUGGAAGAGAGCUUCGGGCAGCCCCAGACCUGGGGGUCAGGCAGGCAUCGAAUUAUCAAAAUGAAGGGCAUGAUCCUUCCUCCCACUGAAUGCAAUUGGCCAAGGUUUUCCGAAGUGACUGGUGAUACCAGUUUUGGGGUGGCUGACUUGAGACACCUUCAAGAGGCCUGAUGUGAAAGUGGACGGGUGCUCAGUCAUGACUGAAAAUCAGAUCUCCCUCUAAUGUGUGUAAUGGGCCUAAUUUGGGCACCCAAAUUUACUAGCCACUUUUGAAACCUUGCCCGUUGACUUUAAGAGGAGCAGAAUCUGGCCUUAAUUUGGUACACUUGAGAAAAACCGCUGGAGGUUAAGAAGAGAAGAAACCCCUCACUGUUGUCUAGAAUGAAUGAUGGGAGAGAAUCCCGAUUGGUUUAUUAUUACCAUUGUUAUUACAGGAGCAGGGGUAGCCCCUGUCUGAGAUAAGGAGGACUCUUGUAAGAAUUUAGGAGUCAUGUGCCUUGUUUGUUUAAUAAAAAGCAGAGAAAAGAGGAUCCUUGAGAUCUUUUGUUUGCUGCUGGAUGCUUCUUUGAGACAAUUUUGAUUGUAAUGUUUCCUGGGGGGGCCAGAGUGGAGGGCUCUUCCUUGCGCUCCAGGUGUUUGUGUAUUUGGAAGAAGCGAGAAGCAAAGUUAAUGAGGUUGCUGUGCUCCAAGAAGGAACCACAUCUAAACUGAAGGAAAUACAUUGUUCAGAAAUUCGGGAAGAUUCCCCUUUAAAGAGUUGAUUUCCUUCUGAAAGCGGGUGGCUGUGGAAAAAUGAAGCUGAGUCUUGCAAUAUUUCUGUCUUUCAUUUUACAGACUGGGAUUUGCUCUGGAAUAAAAUGGCUAGCUUUGUCCAAGACUCCCUCCGUCCUUGCUCUGAAUCAGACCCAGCACUGCAAGCAGCUAGAAGGUCUGGUAGUGUCUCAAGUGCAGCUGUGCCGCAGCAACCUGGAGCUCAUGCAAACCAUCAUCCAGGCGGCCCGGGAAGUGAUAAAGACGUGCCGCAGAACUUUCUCCGACAUGCGGUGGAACUGCUCCUCCAUUGAGCUGGCCCCCAACUACCUGCUGGAUUUGGAGCGAGGCACAAGGGAGUCAGCAUUUGUGUAUGCCCUCUCUGCUGCAGCAAUCAGCCACACCAUCGCCAGGGCCUGCACCACCGGGGACCUCCCUGGCUGCUCCUGCGGCCCCAUCCCAGGUGAGACACCUGGACCUGGGUAUCGAUGGGGAGGAUGUGCUGACAACCUCAACUAUGGUCUUGUCAUGGGGUCCAAAUUUUCAGAUGCUCCCAUGAAGAUGAAAAAAUCAGGAUCACAAGCCCAUAAGCUGAUGCACCUGCACAACAGUGAAGUAGGGAGACAGGCCCUGAAAGCCUCUCUUGAAAUGAAAUGUAAGUGUCAUGGAGUUUCUGGUUCCUGUUCUAUCAAGACCUGCUGGAAGGGUCUUCAAGAACUGAGAGACAUUGCACAGGACCUCAAAAACAAGUACUUGUCAGCCACAAAGGUGGUACACCGACCCAUGGGCACACGCAAGCAAUUAGUACCAAAGGAUAUUGACAUCAGGCCAGUUAAAGAGACAGAGCUGAUUUACCUGCAGAGCUCGCCUGACUUCUGCAUGAAGAAUGAAAAAGUGGGGUCACACGGGACACAAGACAGGCAAUGCAACAAAACCUCCAGCGGCAGCGACAGCUGCGAUCUGAUGUGCUGUGGCCGAGGCUACAACCCGUACAUGGACAAAGUGGUGGAGCGAUGCCACUGCAAAUACCAUUGGUGCUGCUACGUGACCUGUAAAAAAUGCGAGAGGACUGUUGAAAGGUACGUGUGCAAAUGAAACAUCUCCCACGCGGCCAAAAAGCUUAGAUGCCAAUGGCACCAAAGCGCUGUUCAUAGAAGAGGAAACCUUUCCUGGACUAGACAUCGUUUAUCUUGCAAAGACAUGGACUUGGAGAUGAUAUAAAGAGAAUUCCAUUACAACCGUAAAAAUAACCUUGUUUUUUAAAAUGUAAAAAGGGGAAGGGUUUCCCACCAAUCAAAUUCUUCCUGAGAAGACAAGAGGCUUAAACCAAAACUCAUUUUGGAUCAUACCUUCUUGCAAAAACAUGCCUUACGUUGCCAACAAUGUCCAGCUAUCAAGUGCCUUUAGUACUGUAAGAAACAAAGAGAAACUUUCCUGGGGAGGAAGAACAGCUCUGGCUGAAAAUAAUGCAGGCUAAUGUCUACUCUUGCAUCCUACCACAAAGGGCUUGGAUUCUCCAGUAGCCUACAGGACAAUCCCUGACAAGGGAUGUACUAUAACUUCAAAGCAAUCAUUGUAUUUGUUUCCAAAGGCUAAAUUUUCAGGACGGGAGAAUCCACUCAGCAUGAUAAAGCCAGAAACAUUCCUGGUUCUGCCCCUGAAACGAAAAGACAUGUAAAUCAAUUUAACCCUUUUUUUUUUGUCCAGGGCUGAGACUAAAGUUAUUGUUCUACCGAAGGACUGGAGGUCUUGACCCUACUUAGCGUAGGCUGCCAGGGUGUCAAAUUCAAGUAUUCACAAACAUGUACUGAACCCCAGUGUCAAUGUAAUCCCGGUGUAGUGAGAGGAGCCCACUGGACACAGGGGCUGAGUGACCAGAGAGCAGCUAUGGGACGUAACGAAAUAUACAGUGAAGUCAAAGUAAAAUGGAAAUGGAAAGUCGACUCCUGUAUCCUUUUCCUCUCUCUCUUGACCACUGGAUGUUACUCCCUAGUUCACUGUUGCUCCGAUGCCUUGUCCCAUCCAGGCCUAACGUAAAUAUGGCACCAUCCCUCCUCCCUCAACAAAGCUAUAAACUCAGAGUCAAGAAAUUGCCAAGACACCAGCAGUGCGGGAGGUGUGUUUACACCUUUAGAAAUUCCAGACAAGGCGAGAUGUCAGCUAUUCUAAGCAGACCUAGCCGGAGUAUGUGAAUGAAAUGUAUGGUCCUGCCAUGACAACAGCACAGAACCACUAUCUGUGGAUGUACAUAUUUUAUUUUGUAUGCAGAACAUCCAGAAAUAUUUAUAAAAUAUAUCUUGUGCUUUUCUCUAUUCUACUUUAUAUAUAAAUAUAUCUAUUAUAAACAAGCUUAACAAUAGUAUGAAAUAAAUGCUGAAAUUACUCAACAGUGCAAAGAAAAGAGCUUAUAAUUAUUAUUAUAUCUAAAUCUAUAACAUUGUCUUCUGCUUGGACGGAUGUCUAAUUUUCCCUUCCAGAAGAGCAGUUAGAAUACUGCUGGAAAUACUCAUUGCAAUGUGACCAGUAUGUUCCACCAUUCCUUGUCUCCCCAGUCCAUUACCUCCUACAUACGAUCAG